GAGUCACCUGGCUCCUCUCAACCUCAUUAGACCGAAAACCUAGGCGCAAAUCAAAAGACCAGAUUUACCAUAUCCAUUGAACAAUGGCUGCCACGCAAGAAAUCGCGAUUCCCGUUGACGGCUGUUACACAGUGAAUUGUGAUAAGUGCGGAAAGACAACAUGGAAGGGAUGCGGGCGACACGCUGAGCAGGUCAUGCAGAACGUGAAAGAGGAGGACAAAUGUGUGUGCCCACGGUAGGAUGAUUGGGCGCGGAAAGGCAGAUCGCUGGUAGGACUCGGAUGUACUGUAAAGAAAGGAAUAAGAAUAUAUCGAGACGUGACAGCG